CUUCCGUGACGUCAUCGCGGACCUGGAUGUGUAUGAAGCUUGUGUAUUCUUAUGGAGCUUGUGCGUUCAUUUAAUAAAUUUGUGUUAUAUCUUCUUUCUUAAACCUGUAGCAUUAGUGUGUGUAAAUUGUAGAACUUUUUUGAAUCUUUGUGCACUAUUUGUAGUAAUAAUAAUAUGAUGCCGUGGCGCCGUUCUACUAUGUAUGGCUUUAAUAACAGCCGUAUUUCAACGAAAACGGAUAAUCCGGAAAUAGUUUUCCAUAAUUUUCCCAAGGAAAAACAUUUUGUAUGCGACCGUAUGCGACACUAUUCGAAAACAAUGGAUUUAGACGUUGUAAGCGGACAGACUAUUGGAAUCCUAGUACCAGUCAUAUCUAUUCCAUUCAUUUUGUUAUUUGUUGAAAAUGAUUAUGAACCUGAUAUGAGAAAUGAAUUAUUAGGUUUGCCUCCACGAAAACUUCUUAAAACAACUGCUGUGCCAUAAUUAUUUCUUCCAAACAAACCACAGGAUGUAACAAGUUUACGGACACAAAGAUAUAAAAAAAUAGGA